CUAUUUUAUAAACCUCUUUAAUCACUAAAAAUGGCUUCUUCUUCUGAAAACAAUUUAGAUGAAGCUUUUGAUGAUGCUUUUGAUGAUGCAUUUGAUGAAGCCUUUGAUCAACAUUUUGAUCAAACCUUUCAAGAGUUUACCAUUCAAAGUGAUCAAGAAGAAGGAAGAAAAAAAAGAAAAAAACGAGCUUAUAUCGAAAGACACCGUGAAGAAGGGCAUUUUCGUUUAUGGAAUGAUUAUUUCAGUGAUACUCCAACGUAUCCUGAAAAUUUCUUUCGACGACGUUUUAGAAUGAACAAGCGACUGUUCAUGCACAUUGUUGAUCGACUCUCCAACGAAGUGCAAUACUUCCGAGAAAAGAAAGAUGGUCUUGGAAGGAAUAGUCUCUCUCCUAUUCAAAAGUGUACCGCAGCCAUUCGUGUCUUAGCGUAUGGUUCUGCAGCUGAUAUGGUCGACGAAUACCUCCGGCUGGGUGAAACAACAGCUCGGUUAUGCGUGGAACAGUUUGUGGAAGGUAUAAUAUAUUUGUUUGGGGAUGAGUACUUAAGAAGUCCAACACCAGCUGAUCUUCAACGUCUACUUGAUGUGGGAGAGCGUCGUGGAUUUCCCGGGAUGAUAGGAAGCAUCGAUUGUAUGCACUGGGAGUGGAAGAAUUGUCCCACCGCUUGGAAAGGGCAAUAUUCUCGUGGUUCGGGUAAACCAACAAUCGUUUUAGAGGCGGUCGCUUCAUACGAUCUCUGGAUAUGGCAUGCAUUUUUUGGACCUCCAGGUACAUUAAAUGAUAUCAAUGUUCUUGACCGUUCUCCCGUUUUUGAUGACAUAAUAAACGGUAAAGCCCCGAAUGUCACUUACUAUGUCAAUGGAAGAGAGUUCCAUAUGGCUUACUAUCUCACCGAUGGUAUAUAUCCGAAAUGGGCAACUUUUAUCCAAUCUAUUUCUAUGCCACAAGGGCCGAAGGCAGUUUUAUUUGCUCAACGGCAAGAAGCCAUCCGAAAAGAUGUCGAGCGUGCUUUUGGAGUCUUGCAAGCACGUUUUGCGAUUAUUAAAAAUCCGGCGCUGUUUUGGGAUAAAGUCAAAAUAGGGAAGAUUAUGAGAGCAUGUAUCAUACUCCAUAAUAUGAUAGUUGAAGAUGAACGAGACGGAUACAGUCUCGUUGAUGUUUCUGAGUUCGACCACGGGAAUUCACAUGUUGAUUUCACGUAUUCUACAGAUAUCCCUUCAAACAUCACAAAUAUGAUGGACGCUCGUUCAAGAAUUCGAAAUAGGCAAAUGCAUCAACAACUAAAAGAUGAUUUGGUUGAACAUAUAUGGCGUAGAUUUGGACACGGUGACGACAACAACUGAUCUCGGAUGCUUUUUUCGAAUAAUUAUCGUUAUUUUAAUAAUCUUUGUUUUCAUGUUUUUAUUUACAAAUCCAUGUUUAAAAUGUAAUGUUUAAAAUGUAAUAUUUUAAAUGUGUUAUU